UCAUAGCAGAUGUAAGCCUCCACUCUGCAGAAUUUAAUAGCAAAAACAAUCGCAGCUUGGGAAGGGCUCUGGAAUUACUUGCAUCAGUUUAAGAAGAUUUAACAACUUUGGGUUCUGUCCAGAAGUUAAAGCCCUUAUGAAGUUUCCCACAAGAGGAACAUUCUAUUGAAAGAGGCAUCCCUAAAUAGAAAGGUGACUUCAUCUGAAGAUAACAAACUAAAGCAACAGCACACACUCUAUGCUCCUCAGCUUCCAAAAUGAAGAUUUUGAUAAUGAUUGAUUUUGUCCUUGCAGCUAGCCUGAUGGAUGUCAUUGGCAGCUCUGAUUUGCAGAAAUGUUUUCAAGAGCAAAUACGACUUCAGGGCCAGGUGAGGCUUCUGGAGCAUCGUGUGAAACAGAAGCAGUUAAAAAUUAUACAACUCUUAGAGAAGAAAGAGAUUCAGUACAGAGAUUCAGACAGAGAAGAUGAAAACAGUGUCAUUGACUUGGGAGGAACAAGACAGUAUUCAGAUUGUGCAGAAAUCUACAAUGAAGGCCAUACGCAAAAUGGAUUUUAUAAAAUAAAACCAAUCCAGAGUCCCAGAGAAUUCUUUGCAUUCUGUGACAUGUCUGAAGGAGGUGGCUGGACUGUGUUUCAGAGACGUUCCGAUGGCAGCCAGAAUUUUGAUAGACUCUGGGCUGACUAUGAAGAAGGCUUUGGAAAUUUUGUUUUGAAAAAUGGUGAAUUUUGGCUUGGAAACAAAAAUCUUCAUUAUUUGACUAAUCAAGGGAAUUAUACUUUAAGAAUUGAUCUAACUGAUUUUGAAGGAGAACGACGUUUUGCACAGUAUGCAAGAUUCAGAGUUGCAGGAGAAGAGCAUUCUUACGAGAUGAGUUGUGGUGAAUACUCUGGUACAGCUGGCGAUUCCCUGACGGGUGGAUUUCAUCCUGAAGUAAAAUGGUGGGCUGAUCAUCGAGGAAUGAAAUUCAGUACUAGAGACAGGGAUAAUGACAACUAUGAAGGGAACUGUGCUGAAGAGGAAAAGGCUGGCUGGUGGUUUAACAGGUGUCACUCUGCCAACCUGAAUGGUUUGUACUACAGAGGUCCCUACACUGCCAAAACAGACAACGGGAUUGUUUGGUACACCUGGCACGGGUGGUGGUAUUCUCUGAAAUCUGUUGUCAUGAAGAUUUUACAACUCUCUAAUUUUGAAUGUCCUGUCCAGUCACUUCCUCUCCUUUCCCUAUAUACUUGUCUAAAGUCUCUGGGCUUUUCUCUAUCUCAAGUUGCAUAUCCAUAUAUUUCUUGUACAAGAAUAAUGGUAAGAGAGACUUUGCCUACCCCUGGCUUUUGUGCCUGGCACUACAAUAGACUCUAAGAGCCAGUAAUAACAAGAGUUACUGAUUAGUGCUUGCUGCCCUGGAGAAGACAGGAAUCCUCUCUAGAAAGCUAUCCAAUGAAAUGUAGUCCAUUUCUGCUGGGCAGAUGCAAAUGAAGACUUCAAAGAAAAUAUAGACCUAAGCUUGCUUUCCUAAAAUAAUUUUGCUUUUGUGGCUGAACUGCCACUCUCUCUUCUCCUGUCCAAAUACAGUUUUGAACAUGGCAGCCACUUUCAAUCAUGCUUCAAAUAAUGAAACUAAGUUUUGGUAAAGGUCAGUUUAUAACUACAUUACUAUGAAUACAGGACAGCUGAAUUGUAACUCUCUGCAUAGCAAUUUUUCCUUCCAUUUUUGUCCUCCCAAAACAAAAUUUUGUAAAGAACCCUUGAGAGAAUUGCAUGGAAUACGGGAGGGAGGAUAUUUGGGGGGAAGAAAGAGAGUUCUUAUGAAACAAUCUCACUCAACAAGAUAAAGAAUGCUACACCUAAACAAAAACAAACAAAAAAGUGUGAAGAAAAAACAGGGCUCAGGCAGCUAAAAUAAUGUUAUAAUGUAAAAAUUGUGCCAAUGAAAAUCUGCAGUUUUAGAGGUUUUAAGGUCCCCCUUUUUUUUUUUUUUUGGUAAUAGCAGAUAUUCUAGAUAAUCCAGUCUUUUUCUUGAUGUAUCAACUGAUACUGUGCUAGAGAUUUCUAGCCUUUAGCACAUCCCUGUACCCAUGCAUGAGAGGAACAAUGAACAGUUAUUCAACUGCUUAUUUUGAACUUUGUUUAAUUAGUUUUACCAAAUUACAUUUGGUAUCUGGGAGGAAGGCCCAUCUUGUGUGUGUCUAAGGGGGGUAAGAGGGAGGGAGGGAAGCAAAGAGAGAGAGAGAGAGAGAGAAAGCGAGAGAGUAAGAUAAAUUCAACAUUAAAACAGAAAAUCUGAUAAGGUAUUUUUAUUCGAUUUUAUUACAUGUAACUUAAAUUGGGUUCCUAUGUAACUAUGCAAAUGUCUGUAGGUAUGGGUUAUUAAUAAUGUGAUGGAAGUUUUGGAGUAGUUGAAAAAAUGUUGUAAGUAUGGUAUUUCUCAUAAUGAUUUUCAAAUUAUUUUUUCACUCUAUGAGGAGAAAGCUUUAAUUAUUUGGAAAAAAAAAACCCAAACAAACAGAAUGCCAUUAUGUAGGAAUUGUAAAAACAUCUUUAGUUUUUCACUAAAAUGGAAAGAUUAACUCAUUAAUUUGGAGAGUAUCAAGGCAGAUCAUAUUCCACCAAAAUAAAAGACAAGGAGGAUUUGUGCAUAGGAAAGUUGGGUUUUCAUUCCAAAAAAAAAAAAGACUUUCAAAAUUUACAGAUAGUGCUCACAAAAUCUAUGAUAAUUUUUAAUAUACUGCAACAUAAAUCCUAAUGAAAUCUUUUGGCUGAGUGAGGGUGCUUUUGACAUAUUCUGAUAUAAAAUUUGACUCCUUUUCUUUACUGUAAAUCAUAAAAUGAAGAAGAAUCAAAUCUGUCUUUGUACAUCUUCAAAUUCAGUUAUGUGUUUUUUCUUAUUUGGACUGAAUGCUCUUCUGAACAAGGAAGCAUCUAGCAUACUGUCAGCAAUAUACAAAUACUGUAUUUUUAAUUUCCACCACUUUUCCAUGGCCUUUCUUUGUGCAAUAAAUUUUUCUGACCAUGAAAAGCAUGUCAAAGUGUUGUAAUUCAAAAUGGUCAUAUAAUUGUUCUUAAAUAAACAAACCAUUUAUUUUCAAAA